GAAAAUUCAUGAAAUUCAACAUUUUUCAUCCUUUAUCAAAGAACGGGUUGGUGAGGUUAAUAAAGUUUUGGAUAUCGGCAGUGGACUUGGAUAUUUAGAUGAAAGGUUGUUAUCUGAAGGGUUUUCUGUGGUUGGUAUUGAGGGAAAUCAAAAGUAUCAUGAAAGUGCGAUCAAACGGUUUGAAGACCAAGCAGGAAAACGCCAAAUAAACAGAUGUAAAUCCAGGCAAGAAAUGAAUCCUAACCUUUCUGAAAAUCCCCGAGAGAGCUUAAACGAAUUCAAACUAAACACUAGGAAUAUGAAGCACAUUCAUUUGAUGGUGGAUUCAUCAGAAACUGUUUCAAAAGAGUUAGAGGAGUGUAUUGCUGAAAUCCCUGUAUCCCUGGUGGGUCUACAUGCUUGUGGAGAUCUAACUCCUGACCUCAUUAAACAGUUCUUAAAGAUCAAACAUAUUAGAAACCUAGUCCUGGUAUCCUGUUGUUAUCACAAAAUGAAAUCAAAUUUCCCUCUUUCACAGAAGUUGAAAGCCGCAGCUGAUGAAACUGGAUUUACAUUAUUCUCCGGUCAUCUUCUACGACUUGCAGCUCAGGAGCCUGUAUCCAGAUGGCUCCGAAUGAGUCCUGGAGAACAUGAGAUGCAUGCUCGGAAUGUCGUCUUUCGUUCGAUUCUCGAGAUUUUUUCAAAACAGCGAGGUCUUGAACUGAAGAAGAAAAGGAGGAAAGCGACCAAAGACGAUGACGUGAACAGCUUCUACAGUUACCUGAGCAGCCUCGAGGCUGCGUAUGAACUGUCCCUGGAGGUCGAGGACAAGGAGAUCCUCAUGGAGAUUUACAACUCUAAACUACAUCUGUUUAAUCUUGUGGAGAACUUGACAGGGCUUCAGUUCAUUCUUCAGAAUAUUCUGGAAAACCUUGUUAUUGCUGAUAGAGUUCAAUUCUUACAGGAAUAGAGCAGUUUAACUCAGGAAUUCGAAGUUCGAACCACUGUUUACAGUUUGUUUAAUGAUCUCAUUAGUCCGAGAAAUAGAGUUAUCUUUGCAGAGAAAUUUAUUAGAUAAACUUUUAUACGUUUGCGACAGAUUGGAACUUUGUCAAUCCAUUUAAAAAACAGUAAGUUCAUAUCUUAAUUGUGGCCAUAUUUAUUAAACAAAAUCCAGAUGGAUAUUGCAGAAAUAUGAGUCGGCUUUUAUUCAACUAAAAUUGCAGAUUAAGUACUUCUUGUGGUUUAAAACUCAAAUACAAAAUUGUGAUUAAGUACUUCUUGUGGUUAAAACUCUUAUACAAAAUUGCUGAUUAAGUACUUCUGGUUUAAAACUCAAAUAAAAAAUUGCGGAUUAA